GUUGUAUAGUAAGUAACCUCAACAAUUUUUCAGAUCUAACAAUUUUUUCCUCUUUUUGCGAUGGUUGUUUGCAAGUAUUUUUUGCAAGGUACUUGCAGAUUUGGUGAAAAUUGUAAAUUUGAACAUCAAAUCAGUGCAGAUCACAGUUACGCCGGUUCUCAGUCGGUUUUAGUCCAAAAUUACGCAAACAAACCAGCACCCCAGAAUGCGUCAACUGCUGUUGAUACAAACACUUUGGUGAAAGCAGUAGUGAAUGAUAUGACUUGUGCAGAAAAGGGUGGCCAAUGGCUCUUAUCGUCAUAUUCCCCAUUUCGUGACAAGCCCCAGUUUCCCGGUUUUGAAGAUCACAGUAUGGAAGAAAUCAGAUAUUUAUUUUACGAAUCAGCCAAAAACGGCACUAUUGAACAAUUCAAACAAAAUUUGCAAAUGAUGUUACAACAGGCAAUAACGAAAAUCAAAGCCUUGCAAAACCCCUCACUUGAUGUUAUUAACAUACUAAAAAAUAUCUACAAUACUCCACCAUCAAAUCAAACGCAAAAUUCGAUUUUUGGAGGCUCCCAGAUGCAGCAAAAACCCGCUUUUGGUAACACAACUCAACCAAGUGGAAUUUUCGGCGGGGUUCAAACACAGAGUGUGUUUGCUGCUAAUAAGGUCCCUAAUCCAAUUUUUGGAGAACAACAAAACAUUCAAAAUAAAUCGAUUUUCGCACAAGCCUCAACACAAGCGAGUAACUCAAUGUUUGGGGCACCAUUUCCGCAAAAUACGACGCAGCCCCAACAAAAUAUUUUCCAACAACAGCCUCCCCCUUUUGUCGCAGCACAACAGCCCCCCUCAACUAGUCAUUUUGGGAGUGUAAAUCAAUUUACGGCACAACAGUUUGGGGAUACAACGAGUAAUAAACCGGCGGCGUUUCAACAUACUCAAAGUAUUUUUGGCAAUUUUGGAAUGCAACAGCAGGAACAAAAUGUGUUUGGUGGCGCACCUCAUCAGACUAAACCAAAUCAAGAUUUUUACUCCAAGUUGGAAGAUUUGACUGAAGAGGAGAUAAAGUGGUUCCAAAGUGAUAAUUUAGACAUGUUAAAGAUACCGGAAAAACCGCCAACGUAUGAAAUGUGCUUCAAGGUGCAAUAAGUUUUCAAGUACUACGAGAUUUUACUGUUUAUUUUUUGAUUGAAUAACAAACAUAAUAAAUCAAUAUUUUUUUUGGCCAAAAAUAUUUUUUUAAAUCGUCUAUUUAACAUAAAAUUAACAAGUUUUUAAUAAAUUAAUUAUUAAGCUAA